AUGUCUGGACCUACCAACUUUGACCCUGAGAGGGUUAACCUCACUGAGUUCCAGUCCGUCACUGAUCAGGGUCUCAUCACCUGCUUCCUGACGACGGCUGGAAACCAAUACGAUGGCCCUCUGGGUAUCAGAAUUGGCUCACUAUUCGUCAUUCUCGUCGUCUCAACCGCAGUCACUUUCUUCCCAGUCGUGGCGACGCGAAUCCCUCGGCUCAAGAUCCCGCUCUACGUCUACCUCUUUGCGCGAUACUUCGGCUCCGGUGUCAUCAUUGCAACUGCAUUUGUCCACCUGCUCGAUCCUGCUUAUUCAGAGAUCGGACCAGCAUCUUGUGUUGGUAUGACUGGUGGUUGGUCGACGUACUCUUGGCCACCGGCUAUUGCUCUCUCAGCGGCGAUGUUCACUUUCUUGUUCGACUUUUCUGCCGACUACUACGUCCAAUCUCGCUAUGGGCUCCAGCAUAAUGAUACUGGUGUCGAGGAAACUAUUACUACCUCCGGCGCAGAUGGACACCAGCACCACUCUGACGACGGCUCGAACUCGAGAAGGCUUGUGAUCAAUGGCGAGCACGAUACAGAAGCGGCUACGUCAGAGAAGCUUCGUGGUGGCUAUGCAGAUUUCAAGGAGCUCCAACACCUUGAUGGCGAUUCUGAAGAAACCGAGCUUGCCUUCAAGACACAAAUCGCAGCCUUCCUCAUUCUCGAAUUCGGUGUCUUAUUUCACAGUGUCUUCAUCGGUCUGAACUUGGGUGUCGCGGAUACAUCCGACUUCGACACCUUGUUCCCUGUCCUUGUUUUCCACCAAUCCUUCGAAGGCCUUGGUAUCGGCGCCAGACUUAGUGCCAUCCCUUUCCCCAACCGACUUCGCAGUAUGCCCUGGCUCCUCUGUCUCGCUUACGGUCUGACAACACCUAUUGCCAUUGCAAUUGGUCUCGGUAUCCGAAAGACGUACGAUAACUCAUCCUUCACUGCAAACACGGUCAACGGUAUCUUUGACUCUAUUUCUGCUGGCAUUCUCAUUUAUACUGGAUUUGUGGAGAUGAUUGCUAGGGACUUUCUCUUCAAUCGUGAGAGAACGAACGACAAGGUCAGGCUGGGAUUUAUGAUCGUCUGCCUCUUCCUGGGUGCUGGAAUUAUGGCUCUGGUUGGAAAGUGGGCUUAG